UGAUUGGAUUCGGUGACCGAAUUCUGCAAAGUUUAGUUAAAUCUUGUUUCGCAACGAUACCAUCAUGUCUAAUUACCAAACUCCUCCUAAUCGGAACCUCGUGUUCCCUUCAAGACCUCAUGACUUCCUUUAUGAUCCCAAUUAUAUCAUGCCGAGCCGAGAGGAUUUUAUGAAGGAUGCAGCGUCUGGGAUCAAGUCUGGGGCACGAGUAAAAUUGAAACCAGUGUACGAAUCGUUCUUUAGUGAACUGAAAACAGACCGUAGGAUUCAACCAUGUCUCACAAUUCCACAGCCAAGCAAUCUCGAGGGGUACAUGCCGCAGUAUGACAUCCAAGGGGUCCCAAUCAUGCCAAUGGACACUGGUUCGUUACCUCUGCCUCGACAAUGUGACGACGUGACUGGUGCCGACCGUGCCAAAUAUGGACUCAGAUAUGGUCCUCCGUCUUAUCAAAUGCAUCGGGAGCCCUUUGAUUUUAACAAGCUGCCUCCGGAGGAGAAGAAGAAGAUUUUGCAGACUCAAAGAACCCAACGAAGUGGAUUUAUUAGCCGUGGAAUGCAGACGGAUCUAAGAGAGACCGAGACCCAAACUGACCCGUAUUCGCCCCCUUACAAACUCCCAUAUCCGGGGGCCUACCCGAAAGUGCUGGCCUUGGCGAAGCUGACCUGGGGGAAGGGACUGCCAUUUACUCUUGAUGAUAUUGUGGUCAUCGAAAGAGCACUCUCACGAAGAAUUCUGGAACACACGGACAGAAUUGCAGAAGACAAGAAAGGGUUCGAAACACGGAUAAAGUUGAUGGAAGAGUUGGAAGCUCAGCAGUGGGCGGAUCGUGAGAAGGUUAACCAAUUUGAGAUAGUAUUUGAUUAA